AUAUUGUUACGUCGCUGAUAAACCUGCUCGAAAGCAGCUUUCCAUUAUAUUAUUAUGCUCUGAGCCAAGGUACACGCACGAAGGAGACUUAGGUAAUCCCAAACUAGACCGGCACUCGUACUAGUGCGAGCAGCUUCAAACCUGACUAUCAUCUGGAUGAUCUAGUCGCCUUCCGGCACUCAUAGAAUCCGGCCCAUUCUCCCUGGCAUAUAACAACCGUUAAACUGCCAGGUGAGUCUCUAUUCUUCCCCCAAUGCCUGCUCAAAACGUGAAGCUGCCACCCAAGCAUGUUGACGUCCUCGUCAUCGGAGGUGGUCCCGCAGGCAGCUACGCCGCUGCUGCCCUAGCUCGAGAAGGACUGGAGGUCGCCGUUUUCGAGGCGUCCAAGUUUCCCAGGUACCACAUCGGAGAGAGUCUCAUCCCGUCGGUGCGCCAUUAUCUGCGCUUCAUCGACGCAGAAGAAAAACUUGCAAAUCAUGGCUUCGUGCGCAAACCGGGCGCCGCUCUCAAAUUUAGGCAAUAUGCUGAGGAAGGAUACACCGAUUUUGUCGCCAUUGGACAUAACAAUAACGCAUGGAAUGUUGAUCGUUCUGAGUUUGACCUUCUUCUAAUGAACCAUGCCCGAACGUGCGGCGCCUCUGUGUACGAGCUCACUAGAGUCAACAGUCUCGCUUUCUCUCAGACUGAUCCUUCGAGGCCAAUAUCUGCGACUUGGUCGCAUACACCGCCCCCAGCUCCCAUUUCGCCGCCCGCUUCACCAAAUGCGUCUAGAGACAGCACCAAAAGUCCAGAGCUCGUCGUUUCUGAACCAAUUAAAUAUACCGGGACAACCACCUUCAAAUACUUGGUUGAUGCUUCCGGACGAGCGGGCCUCAUGUCAACAAAAUAUAUGAAAAACCGACAUUUCAACCAGUCUCUUAAAAAUAUUGCCGUCUGGGGUUACUGGAAAGAUGUGGGAACUUAUGGAGCUGGCACAAAGAGAGAGGGUUCUCCUUGGUUCGAGGCCUUAACUGACGAAUCCGGUUGGGCCUGGUUCAUUCCCCUUAACAAUGGGACUACUUCUGUCGGUAUUGUGACGAACCAGGAGGUAUACAAUCAGAAGCUCAAGCGUCCUAUUCCGCCAUCGCCAUUCCCCUCUGCCUCUGCGCCCGAUCAUUCGAAUUCGGACAGUGUUGCACGUUACUUAGCGGGCAUCUCACUUGCACCACAUCUCGUUGAUCUGAUAAGCAGUAAGGGGACGUUGUUGGAAGGAACUAUAGCGAAAGCGAGCGACUACAGCUAUUCCGCACCCUCGUAUGCUGGUAAUGGCUUCAGAAUUGCUGGGGACGCCGGAGCAUUUAUCGAUCCACUCUUCUCGAGUGGUAUCCACUUGGCCAUGACUUCAGCUCUGUCUGCCGCUGCUACUAUAUGCGCUUCUUUUCGUGGUGACACUAAUGAAACAGAGGCGGCGGAAUGGCACACGAACCGUGUUGCCACCAGUUAUACAAGGUUCCAGCUCGUUGUUCUCAGCGCUUACAAACAAAUCCGAGCCCAAAACAUGCCCAUUCUCUCUGACGUCGAUGAAAAUAAUUUCGAUAGAGCAUUCGCAUUCCUACGGCCCGUCAUUCAGGGUGCAUCCGACAUGGGAACUCGUCUUUCCGAAACCGAACUACAAAAAUCCUUGGACUUCUGUGUCAACCUCUUCAGUCCCACAACACCCGAACAACACGAAAAACUUUACCAGAGCGGAAAAAUUAGCAAGGAACUACUUGACGUCACGUCCCCCGUUAUGCAUCCUAGCUUACUCGAAAGGGCUCUCCUCCAGGUUACCCCUGCGGUUGAAAAGGACAACGAACUAGACCUACCAACUUCGAAACUAGUGCUUGACAAAAUCAAUGCUCGCCGAGUCGUCCAUGCCGAGUACGGCAUUCACAACCUCGAGUCAGAGACUCUUGAUGGUUACGUCGUACGAUUGAAGAAGGGAUCUCUGGGACUCGAAAAAUUCUAAGUAUUUCUUCUGCCAUGCACUAGUCCAUGUUUAUGUAUGUUUUAUGUUCACCCACUUUCUUCUAUCGAUGAACAUGUACUUUGUAUUUAUAUUGGCCUUUAUUCCUCGGAGUUCUUUCGCAAGUUAUUUACGUACUUGUUGUUUUAACGAUGCAUCUGUACAAUUAGUACUGUACAUACUUAGUCUUAUCAUACCGUGAUCAUAUCACAUAUCACAUUCGGACCGGGUUAAGCGUCCCUUUUCCGUUCUCAACUCGGAAAGAUUUUGAAUCGUUAUUGACUGCCAUCAUGUCGGUUUG